AUGGAGCCUCAAACUGGGACCUCAACAUCUCAGUUAGGAAUGCAGUUUUUCUUCCUUCUUCCACGAAAUUUAUUGUUGGCAUAUCAAAGUUUCGGCGUUGUAUAUGGAGACUUGAGCACUUCACCUCUGUACGUCUAUAGAAGUGUGUUUGCUGUCGCUCUGCAAAAUCAUCAAAAUCCGGAAGUUAUUUUUGGGGCAUUUUCCUUGAUCUUUUGGGCCUUAACAUUAAUCCCACUUCUGAAAUACACGUGUAUUGUAUUGAGUGCAGAUGAUUGUGGUGAAGGUGGAACAUUUGCUCUUUACUCACUACUCUGCAGGCAUGCAAAGUUUAGUUUACUUCCCAAUCAACAAGCAGCUGAUGAGGAGUUGUCUUCUUACAAAUACGGUUCUUCAGGACACCCUCCAUCCUCUUCGUCAUUGCAUCGUUUUCUGGAGAGGCAUAAAAAAUCACGCACAACUUUACUUGUUGUGGUACUGUUGGGAGCUUCAAUGGUCAUUGGUGAUGGUGUGAUAACUCCUGCAAUCUCUGUUUUAUCGGCCGUAUCAGCAUUUCAAGUCAAAGGUGUGGGAGUAGCGUUAACUCAUGGGCAACUAGUAUUAUUGGCAUGUGUUGUAUUGGUCGGUCUGUUUGCUCUACAACACUUUGGUACUCACAGGGUGGCUUUUGUCUUUGCACCGGUUAUUAUUUUGUGGUUGGUUUCAAUAUUUUCUAUCGGGCUAUAUAAUAUCAUACGUUGGAACCCGAAGAUUGUUCAUGCAUUUUCUCCGCAUUAUAUAAUCAAGUUCUUUAGUGAAACUCGUAAAGAAGGCUGGAUUUCACUUGGGGGAGUCCUUCUCUCCAUAACAGGAACUGAAGCUAUGUUUGCAGAUCUUGGCCAUUUUACUGCCUCCUCAAUAAGACUUGCAUUUGGAUUCUUUGUGUACCCUUGUUUGGUUAUACAAUACAUGGGUCAGGCCGCUUACUUGUCUAAAAACAUUACUUCCAUUCCCGACAGUUUCUACAAAUCUAUACCUGAGCCGAUAUUUUGGCCUGUUUUUGCACUUGCUAACUUAGCAGCUGUUGUUGGGAGUCAAGCUAUCAUUACAGCUACCUUCUCCAUUGUCAAACAAUGUCAUGCCCUUGGUUUUUUUCCAAGGGUCAAAAUUGUCCACACUUCUAAACACAUGUUCGGCCAGAUCUAUAUACCAGAAAUUAACUGGAUCCUCAUGAUUCUUACUCUUUUGAUCACUGUUGGAUUCCAGGACACAACUCAAGUUGGAAAUGCUUAUGGGCUUGCGUGCAUGACGGUUAUGUUCAUCACAACUUUUCUCAUGGGACUCGUUAUAACCUUCGUGUGGCAGAAAAACGUUAUAUAUGGCAUGUCAUUUCUUCUCUUUUUUGGGUUCAUCGAGGGUGUGUACCUAUCGGCUGCAAUCAGAAAAGCUCCUCAAGGAGGUUGGGUGUCUCUUUUGCUUGCCUGUGUGUUUAUGUUCAUCAUGUUUGUGUGGCAUUAUGGUACUCGAAGAAAAUACAAACACGAUAUGCACAAUAAAGUUCAACUGAAAUGGCUUCUGAACCUUGGACCAAGCUUGGGUAUUGUUCGUGUGCCUGGAAUAGGCCUCAUAUACUCUGAACUUGCGACAGGCAUCCCAUCCAUUUUUUCGCAUUUUGUGAUGAAUCUACCUGCUUUUCACAAUGUUUUGGUGUUUGUAUGCGUGAAAUACGUUCCGGUACCCUUUGUUUCACUUGAUGAACGGUACCUGAUCGGGCGUGUGUGCCCGAGGCCUUAUCGUAUGUACAGGUGCAUUAUGAGAUAUGGUUAUAAAGACAUCCCAAAAGACGACGAAAACUUUGAGAAUCAACUGACACAAAGCAUAGCCGAGUUUAUACAAAUGGAAGCAGUCGAGCCUCAAUCACCGAACUCCGAGGCUUCAUCGUUUGAUGGACGAAUGGCGGUCAUAAGCAGCAGGUCGAUAGAAUCAAGGCCUGCAUUGAUCAUCUCGGAUCACGUGGAUCCUACAGAAAAUAUGAAAUCAUCGAGACUGAAGAUUCUGAGGGGUUGGUACGAUGAGGAAAAGGCAGCAGAAGAAAUGAAUCCGAGGAGACGAGUGAGGUUUGAAGUGGCGCCAAGGAAUGGGGAUGUGGAUGGUGGGGUUCGGGAUGAGCUAUUGGCAUUGGUGGAGGCCAAAGAGGCGGGGGUUGCAUACAUAACGGGGUUCUCCUACAUAAAGGCUAGGAAGGCUUCAUCGUUGUUGAAGAAGUUUGUGAUCGAUGUGGUGUAUUCCUUCUUACGGAAGAACUGCAGGCGGCCUGCGGUUGCGCUGCACAUUCCUCACAUCAGCCUCAUUGAAGUUGGGAUGAUGUAUUAUGUUUAA